AUGGCGGCCUUGCCAGCAGGUGUUCAGUAUGCGUUAUCAUCAGAAUCUAGUUAUAAAGAAAACAAGGAACUAGUGUUUGUGAAAUUAACGGAUUCAGCACUAAAAGCUAUAGAAGACUUCAUUAGAAAUAAUAGGGACAGGUUGGCAAAACCUAAAAUACAGUUCCUGGCCGGAAAUGAGGGGAAAAUCUCAAUUCCGGCACCAGCCAGUGGCAAUGGACCGUCUGGCGAAUCCACAUUUCACUUCAGCAUCAAUAGCAAUGCAGAAAUGGAGGGUCCACAGGGUUCGUUUGAAUGUGUCCGGAAUGCAGCUGGCGGCGCGAAGAGGCUGGAGUCGUGCGGGCCGCUGCCGAGAAGAAUGCGGGUGCAGGCCAACGAUGACUCGUACGAGGCGACUAAGGACCGAAUGUCCAGAACCAUCGCCGCGGAACAGAGCAAAUGCACCCGCGUGAUAAAACCUAAUCAAACAGACAUUGGAAGGCGCGUGAAACUACGUACAACGCAUCCUAUGUAUUCAAAUGGGCCGGCCGCUGUUGAUCGGACAGAACGGCUCGAACGGCCUGACCGACCGGAAAGACCCGAACGGCCGGAGAGGCCCGAAAGACCCGAAAGACCCGAACGGCCCGAAAGACCCGAACGGCCGGAGCGCCCCGAGAGGGCGGAUCGCCUGGAAAGGCCCGAGCGGUUAGAACGGCCCGCCGUUGUUCCCCCCACAAGUCGUCCACAACCGCAGCAGCAACCGCAGCCGCAUCCUAACCCACAACAACGGCCUCCAUCCAACCCCGAGCUCACGAGGCGACCAAUUAAAGAAAGACUUAUACAAUUAUUAGCGUUGAAACCCUUCAAGAAGCCCGAGCUAUAUACUCGACUAUCUUGUGAGGGUAUUAAAGAAAAGGAACGUAGUAUGGUGACUAAGAUAUUGACAGAGAUUACCGUGGCGAAGGACAAUUGUUACCACUUACGUAGGCACAUUUGGAACGAUGUCAAUGAAGAUUGGCCGUUCUAUACCGAGGAGGAGAAACGCAUGCUCAAGAGGCGGAAACCUCAAAAUCUAACACCGCCGCUGAGCAGCGAUUCAGCGAACUCGCUGUCGCCGCGCGCUUCGCCGUCGGGCAACAAGCGGGGCGGCAACGGCGCGGAGGAAGCGCCCGCGAGCAAGAAGCAGCGCAUCUCGCACUAUCGCCGACCGUCGCCGCCCUCCUCUGGCUACGCCACCACGUCCUCUGGCGAGAGGCACGCCUCGGACAACGAGGAUGACCGGACCGUGAAAAAGGACAAUGGUUACACUCUAAACUUCACUACUGUUAAGGAUCUCUGUCCCAGUCCAGUCAAACCCAACGGUUUUAGAAGUAGUCCGCCAGUAGAGCAAACUAGUAUCACAGUAAAAGACAUCACAAAUACCGAACCAUUAGUUGAAAAUGCAGUGUUAACGUCUGUGCCUGAAGAGAAUCCGACGAAUGACCUAGUAGAUAUUGAAAGGCAAUAUCCCCCGAUAACAAGUUCGAGCACGCGUCGCGCGUACAAGAACGAAUUCGCGACACUGUACACUGAGUACCGGUCGCUGUACACGCGCGUCGCGCAAGUCGCGUCGCUCUUCACUCAGCUGGAGAAGCAGCUCAAACUCGCCGAGCCCAAGUCGCCUCACCAUCGGAGCAUAGAGCAACGCAUCGUUGAGGAAUACCAGCGCGCGCGCCACGAUGUUUCCUAUCAGCGAGAGAGGCGGCGCGUCAAUUUCCUGCAUCGCAAACUCAAUCAUAUCAAGCGGAUGGUGCUGCAGUAUGAUCAGCUGCGCAACUUGAAGCCCGAGCGAGUAUCGGCCGCGAGUACGACGCAAGCGUACUGA